AUAUAAUAUUGUUUCAUUACAUAUAAAAUUCAAUUCAAAAUUAGUUAAUAAAUAAUGUUAGCUGGGCCUAUGAUUGGGCCGAUGGGCCUAUUGGUUUACAUUCAAGUUUCAUCAAUCGGGCUUCGAGACCCGACUGGUUGAAGCGCGGGCUGUGCACUUCUCUUCUAAUCUAUUUCACAAUCCCAUUCCAUUUCCACGUCCAACUCUCAAAUUUCAAAAUCCAUUGCGCUCCAAAACCCCAAAAUUUGCAUUCCAUUCGAUUCCAACACACAACUGAAUUUCGUUUCUCCCUCUGAUCUUCCACUCCUACUUCUCUAGAAACUGGACGUGGUUUCAAAACUGAACAUGUCCCCAGACAAUCCCGGUGAAGACGCCGGUGUUUCUGGAUUUGAAUCCCAAGACACGGAGCCCCACUAUGAGGUUGAAGAGCUGGAACUUGAAGUGAAUCAAAUAGCUCAGAGGAUUCAUCACUACAGAUCCACUCUGUCGGCUCAGCUAAAGUCCUCCUUCUUUUCAUUACUCGAGUCCUCGAGGCCUCUCCCCGUUGGAGCCUCGGAGCUGGGAACAUCUGCUGCUCCUCCGGAUCAUGAAGAUGAUGAACAAACCACUACAAGAGGCGAAGGCACAGUUCAUGAAGAGGGAUUAGAAACUGCGAAGAAGAUACAGUUGCUUGAAGAUAAAAUAUCAAGUAAUAUCAUCCUGAUCCCUACAGUUCUUAAGAGAAUGAAAGACUGUAUUUCAACUAUUGACAAUUUGGCUUCUUAUAAUGGGGUCAUUCAUCCUGCAUUCAAAAGGAAAAAAACUAGCUGAAUUUAAAUCGUACCUGGCUGUUACUUUACAAGCGAGUCCCGAGUGUCGUACGGUUAUCGAGUUGGAUGUGUAGUGUAUUGAUCUUUACAUUCUGUUGUCGAAAGGGCUGAUUUCUCAACCAUUUGCUUCCUGGUAUGUAACAUAACCUCCUGUCUAUAACGUUAUUGAAGGCUAGUUUUCCCUCUGUUGCUGUAUAAAGUUCUUGAAAUAUUGAAAUAGGAAGUUCUA